AGGCGGCAGCGCUGCGGCGAGCGGCCGCGCAGGCGCGGGGCGGGCAGGGGCGGGCCGGGUGCCGCCAUGCCGACCGUCAGCGUGCGGCGGGAGCUGCUCUUCCAGGCGCUGGGCCGCAGCUACACUGAUGAAGAAUUUGAUGAGCUUUGCUUUGAGUUUGGUCUGGAGCUCGAUGACGUUACAUCUGAGAAAGACAUUAUAAGUAAAGAAAAAGGUGAAGGAAAGGCAGAGGGUGCAUCUGACACCAUUCUCUAUAAAAUCGAUGUUCCUGCCAAUCGAUACGAUCUUCUUUGCCUCGAAGGGUUGGUCCGAGGACUGCAGGUCUUUAAAGAAAGGAUAAAUCUCCCUAGGUAUGAAAAGAUAAUACCAGCUAAAGGUGAAGGUCAGAGGCUGAUUAUCACUGAAGAGACUGCCAAAGUCCGUCCUCAUGCUGUAGCUGCAGUUCUUCGUAACAUAACUUUUACCAAAGAACGUUAUGACAGUUUCAUUGACCUCCAAGAAAAGCUACACCAAAAUAUUUGCAGGAGAAGAGCAUUAGUAGCAAUAGGUACCCAUGACUUGGACACCAUUGCUGGUCCAUUUACUUUUACGGCUAAAUCACCUUCUGAAAUUAAAUUCAGGCCCUUGAACCAAUCGCAGGAGUACACAGCUUCACAAAUGAUGGAUCUGUAUAGGACUGACAGCCAUCUUCGACACUAUUUACACCUGAUUGAAAACAAACCACUUUAUCCUGUCAUAUAUGACAGCAAUGGUGUUGUUCUGUCCAUGCCACCGAUCAUCAAUGGAGAUCAUUCAAAAAUAAGCCUAAACACCAGAAAUGUUUUUGUUGAAUGUACAGGCACAGAUAUGACAAAGGCAAAAAUUGUUCUUGAUACUAUAGUCACGAUGUUUAGUGAAUAUUGUGAGAAGCCAUUCACUGUUGAAGCAGUAGAAGUAAUUCUUCCUAAUGGGAAGACCCACAUCUAUCCGGAACUGGCUUACCGAAAAGAGAAGGUGAAACCUGAACUCAUUAACAAGAAGAUAGGAAUCAGUGAAACUCCAUCAAACCUUGCAAAGCUGCUGACUAGGAUGUGUUUGAAGUCACACGUCAUAGGGAAUGGGAACAAUAUAGAGAUUGAAAUCCCUCCUACCAGAGCGGACAUUAUCCAUGCAUGUGAUAUCGUAGAAGAUGCAGCAAUAGCUUAUGGUUAUAACAACAUUCAGAUGACUAUUCCGAAAACGUACACCAUAGCUAAUCAACUCCCCCUCAAUAAGCUCACAGAACUUCUGAGACUGGACUUGGCGGCCGCUGGAUUCACUGAAGCACUCACUUUUGCCCUGUGUUCUCAAGAAGACAUUGCAGAUAAACUUGGCACGGAUAUCUCUACAACAAAAGCAGUACACAUAGCAAACCCCAAAACUGCAGAAUUUCAGGUGGCACGUACUACCCUCCUUCCUGGGCUACUGAAAACUAUUGCUGCUAACCGAAAGAUGCCCUUGCCUUUAAAGCUCUUUGAGAUUUCUGACAUUGUAGUGAAAGAUCCUAGUAAAGAUGUAGGUGCAAGAAACUACAGACAUUUAUGUGCCAUUUAUUACAACAAGAGCCCUGGGUUUGAGAUUAUCCAUGGUUUGCUGGACAGGGUCAUGCAACUUCUGGAAGUACCACCAAGCGAGGAGAAUGGAUAUGUGAUCAAGGCAACUGAAGGCUCUGCUUUCUUCCCUGGUCGCUGUGCUGAGAUCUUUGCCAAAGGUCAGAGCGUUGGGAAACUUGGAGUCCUACACCCUGAUGUUAUCACCAAAUUUGAGCUCACCAUGCCGUGCUCUGCCCUAGAGAUCAGUAUUGAGCCUUUCCUGUGAAGACCAGACUUCUGUCCUCCUACAGAUGUCCACUUUCACAUGCAGCAUCCUCUGCUCCUCUGUCUUUCUCUGCAGGGAACAUCCGCUUAUGCUUUUAAGUUUCAAUAAACUAAAAAAAACAA